AUGGUGCCGUUACAGGAGAUGGUCACCUUUGAGGACGUGACUGUGAACAUCACCUGGGAGGAGUGGCAGGCCCUGGAUGACGCUCAGAGGACCCUCUACAGGGACGUGAUGCUGGAGACCUAUGGGAGCCUGGUGUCGCUGGAGACAUCUCGACAUCAAAAAAUUCACACGGGAGAGAAUCCCAGCGAAUGUGAACAAUGUAGGAAGGUUUUUGGAGAUAAAUGUUCGCUCACCAGUCAUCAGAGAAAUCACACAGGAGAGAAACCAUAUGAAUGUAAAGAAUGUGGGAAAUCUUUCUCCCAGAAAUUAAGCCUGACUAAACACCUCAGAAUUCACACUGGGGAGAGACCCUACCAAUGUAAAGAAUGUAGAAAAUCUUUCUCCCAGAAAUUAAGCCUGAAAUUAAGCCUGACUAAACACCUCAGAAUUCACACUGAGGAGAGACCCUACCAAUGUAAAGAAUGUAGAAAAUCUUUCUCCCAGAAAGCACAACUCUCUCAACAUCAGGGAACUCACACAGGUGAAAAACCCUAUGUAUGUGAAACGUGCUCAAAGUCUUUCUCCCAGAAGUCACACCUCUCUCGACAUCGAAGAAUUCACUUAGGAGAGAAACCCUAUGAAUGUGAACAAUGUGAGAAGUCUUUCUACCAGAAGUCAAACCUCACUGCACAUCAGCGAAUUCAUACAGGAGAGAAACCCCGUGAAGAUAAGGAAUGUACGAGAACUUUCUACCGGAAGUCAGACCUUAUUAAACAUCAGAGAACUCACGCAGGGAAGAAGCCCUGUGCAUCGCUGCUGUUGCAUGAGCAUUGUUCACAGCAGCUGCAGGGCCCGCGACACCGUGAGGCGCAGAGAAAUCACCUCCUUGUACCAGACUGUGGCAGUGGUGCAGAGAAGGCGAGGUGGAAGGUGGUGCCUGAGUUUGAGUUUCUGCUCUGUCAGAAAUGGUCCUGGGUGAGGGGGAAGUCUCGAGUUCUGUGA